GCCCCAGCUCUGUUAUAAACUUAUCCUCAUGCCCAAACAAACCCUAGCUUUCGGCUACGUUUAUUCAGUCUCCAUUGUUUGUUUUUCAAGAAAACUAUAGCAUCUCCUCCUCUCCUUUUUCCUUCCCUCUUUGGAAGGAAACGAAUUAUAAAAUUCCUAUAAUAACUCUAAAUCAUUCUAAUUUUCUCGAUAAAAAAUUGUGUUGUUGCUGAUAAUGGCGAGUAGAAAGUUGGUUCGAGACUUGCUUCUCUCUAGACAUCCUCUGUUUUGUCAGUUAACGUCUAAACAGGGUUCGAGUACGAGACAGUGGUUGCUAUCUUCAAAUAGUUAUUCGAGUAAUCGUCGAUUCAGUGUGUUUAACGAGUUUUCAAAGAAAGUUAAAGGCGAAGCUGAGAGAAACCCAGAAUUUCAUCAGUCAGUGAAGGAGCUGAAGGAGAAAGCAGAGGAACUAAAAGGGGUGAAAGAUGAGCUGAAAGUUAGAACAAAGCAGACGACUGAGCAGCUCUACAAACAUGUGGAUGGUGCGUGGACGGAGGCUGAAUCUACUGUCAAAAAGGUUUCUGCCAACAUGAAGGAGAAGAUUUCAGCUGCAACGGAGGAGGUCAAAGAGACUUUUCGGAAGGGAUCCACGGACACUUCAUCUAAACCCAGUGAUGAUGUAAAAGAUGAAUUUAAGGCUGCAUCUGGGGAAGAAAAACAUGACAAUUCAGGGUCUGGUAAUAAUGCAAAAACAUUUAAUGGGAAAUUUAAGUUGAGUUUCUCUUCCCCAAAAGUUACGAUGGCCUUCCAAAAAUUGAAGGAAGCAAAAGUAGUUGAUUUAGCGAAGAAGGGAUAUGACAUUGUAAAGGAUGAGUUAAGUGGUAAUCCAAGUAAGAGAAAACAUCUGGAAUAUACUGCUCCUCCCUCAUGGUCAGGUGAAAGAAGCACUAGAACUGAUCUGGCUAUUGCACCUACGAGGCAAUCUAUAUGGAGUAAAGUCAAAGAGAAGAUGCAAAGCUAUCCUGUAUUCAAGCGCAUAAGUGGGCUAAGUGAACCUGUUGUGACCAAAGGCCAAGAGAUUGCUGAGGACGUGCGGGAAAGAUGGGAGACUAGCGAUAGUCCCAUUGUUCACAAAAUCCAGGAUAUCAAUGAGAGUAUCUUCCAAGAAACAGAUGCUGCAGCAUCAAUCAAGGAAAUACGGCGUCGAGAUCCAUCAUUCUCAUUACCAGAUUUUGUGGCUGAAGUUCAGGAAGCUAUCAGACCAGUCCUUAAUGCCUACAUGAAGGGAGAUAUUGAAUCUUUGAAGAAGUAUUGUAGCUCUGAAGUGAUUGAACGAUGUAAAGCAGAGCAUACUGCUUAUCAGAGCCAUGGCAUAUUUUUUGAUAACAGGAUUCUGCAUAUAUCAGACGUGGAAGUAAGAGAGACUAAAAUGAUGGGAGCUUCCCCUAUAAUCAUUGUAGCGUUUCAAACACAGCAAAUCUAUUGUGUACGUGAUAGACAGGGUGCAAUAACAGGAGGAGGAAAGGAUACGAUACAUACUGUGUACUAUGCGUGGGCAAUGCAGCAAGUAGAUGCAGAAGAACUUGGGGAAGAUGCUCUCUACCCAAUAUGGAAGCUUAGAGAAAUGCAACAACUUGGUGUCCAAUCCCUCAUCUAGUUUUCUGGAAACUCCAUCUUGCUGAUGAUGGUUGUAAGAUUGGAUUUUUUUUUUUUUUUCUGAAUUUCUCUGGGUUUUUGUCUUUUCACGGCCAGGGAAAUUAUAUUGUGAGAUUAUUUUUAAAAUUAUAAGAACCAAAUAAAGAAAUUGGGUACCAGGCAAA